GCUCUGUGUCUGUGGACAUAUACUAGUGAUGAUUAUUUGAUGCCAUUGGAAGAAGAAAUGACCAACCACUGCGACCUCCCUGAUCCCCACAGCCUGCUCCUGCUCGCAAACGGCUCGUGAAAACCCAAACACCACCGCUGCUUGCCUGAGUCAGAGGCCGCGGUUCAAUUUUGCUGUCAAGCUGUUUACAUGAUAGAUAGAGGUUCUGCCAAAUUGUGGCCUGUGACACUCCAAACAAUUCAUGCAAACAAAAGCAGGGAUUUGCCGGUCUACCAUUACAUCCUGAAACCAUCAAGCUGUGACAUCCAGCUGCAGGCGGUUUUCUUGAAACCAUAGGUAUGAAAUGAAACCAUGGGCAUGCAAUACUUCAAACAUGUGGGUGGCCUUCCUUCUAGUGAUUGGCUUCCCUUUUCUCCUCACUACUGUCGUCGGCCAGCUCUCCACUACAGCUCCCCCGAACUCGUGGGAACUUACCAAUCUAGAAGCCAUACCUAUGGACGGAGCGGUCGCUAGCAUGCGACCUGUCCUUGAAAACAGCGCAAACCUGUACAGGACCUUGUUCGGCUUCUACACCACGGAUGGGCAUUCGUUUGUUCUCUCUGUGGUGUUUCUGGGACCCAAGGCUCCAGUCAUCUGGUCUGCCAACCCCGACAGUCCUGUGAGCAGCAGCGCCGUCCUGAAUUUCACCAGAGAAGGAGACCUGCUCCUGCAUGAAGCUGGUGGCGGCACAGUAAUCUGGAGCACAGGUACCAGCGGCAUGUCAGUUGCAGUUGCAGGCAUGAAGCUGGAUGACCUAGGAAACCUUGUGCUCUUCGACCGGAAGAACUCGUCUGCGUGGCAGUCCUUUGACAACCCAACCGACACUUUGGUCCUGGGGCAGUCGCUCUGCAGGGGGAACAGCAGCCUCAGCGCGAAGCCCUCGAUCACGAAAUGGCCUGGCGCAAGGGUUUAUCUGUCUGCAGAGCUUGAUGGGCUGCAGUACUCUUUCAAGCCCGCAGCCUACACGCAGCUGUUCAAAGCUACUGCAGCAUCAACCAAUGCAACGCCAAACUGCUAUGCGUUCGUCAACGGCAGCUUCGGGUUCCCGGACAAGGUCUUCUCGCUGCCGCUGGCAGGAUCAAUGCAGCUGAUGAGGUUGGAGUCGGAUGGGCAUCUGAGGCUUUACGAGAUGGGGAUACCUCAGCUGGAACUGCGCAUGAUCCCGGUGCUCGAUGUUUUAAGCACUGUCAUGGACUUCUGUGACUACCCACUGGCAUGUGGCGAUUACGGUGUUUGCAGUGACGGACAGUGUUCUUGCCCCAGUUCCAGCUAUUUCAGGCUCCGAAGCGAACGACAUCCAGACGCUGGUUGCGUGCCCUUGGCAAGCAGCGCCUCCUGCGACCACAGGCUGAUACCGCUCGACAACGUUUCUUACUUCAGUUACACCACGUUCCAGUCAUCAGCCACCCCGGGCAUCUCCCAGGCUCUCUGCCUGCGUUCUUGCCUACUGGACUGCUCCUGCAGAGUCGUUCUUUUUCAGAGGAGCCUGAGCUUCGGCGAAGAUGGAAUGAGCUUCGGUGGAGACGCUGGUAACUGCUUGCUUCUAUCAGAGCAGAAGCUGAUCAUGUUUGCAGAAGGCUCGGCAAACAAUGUUUCGGCGCUGUUCAGCAUACAAGACGGACACUCGGCGGAAAGGAGGAACAUUGUUAUUAUUACUUCAACAGUUGCAGGUAUUUCAGUUGCAUCAGUUUUGGGUUUCGCUGUCUUAUGGAAGAAGUGGAGGGAAGAGGAGGAGCCGCUGUUUGACGGCAUACCGGGGACACCGAGCCGUUUCACCUUCCACGAGCUGAAGGCUGCCACGGGCAACUUCUCCACCAAGCUUGGAGCGGGCGGCUUCGGGUCGGUCUUCAGAGGCACCAUAGGCAAGCAAACCGUCGCUGUGAAGCGCCUAGAGGGCGUCAAUCAGGGAAUGGAGGAGUUCUUGGCAGAGGUGAAGACGAUCGGCAGGAUCCAUCAGCUGAACCUGGUCAGGCUGGUAGGAUUCUGCGCCGAGAAAUCGCACAGGCUCCUCGUCUACGAGUACCUGUCCAACGGCUCGCUGGACACAUGGAUCUUCGGCGCGAGUUUAGUCUUCAGCCUCUCCUGGAAAACCAGGCGCGGUAUCAUGCUGGCCAUUGCCAGGGGCCUGUCGUACCUCCACGAGGAAUGCGAGGAGAAGAUCGCUCAUCUGGACAUCAAGCCGCAGAACAUUCUCCUGGACAGCAAGUUCAACGCGAAGCUCUCGGACUUCGGGCUCUCCAAGAUGAUCGACAGGGACCAGAGCAAAGUCGUGACGCGCAUGCGAGGGACGCGCGGGUACCUAGCGCCCGAGUGGCUGGGGUCGACCAUCACCGAGAAGGCGGACGUCUACAGCUUCGGGAUCGUGAUGGUGGAGAUGAUCUGCGGCCGGCGGAACCUGGACGAGUCCCUGCCAGAGCAGAGCAUCCACCUGGUCAGCCUGCUCCAGGAACGGGCCAAGUCUGGGCAGCUGCUUGAUCUGGUGGACAGCGGCAGCGACGACAUGAAGUCCAACAACGUCGAGGAGGUCAUGCGGACGAUGAAGCUUGCGAUGUGGUGCUUGCAGGUGGAUAGCAGCAGCAGGCCCUCGAUGUCGACGGUCGCCAAGGUGCUGGAAGGAGCGGUGGCCAUGGAGGCCACGCCUGGCUGCAUCUUCGUCCCCAGUUUUGCGUCAGGUGAUGAUGCUGCUGCUGCUGUGGCAGGGUCCAAUUCCAAUUCCUCCUAUGUGCCAUCUGAGUCGCACUUAUCUGGGCCUAGGUGAUGAAGCAACUGUUUUGCCAUUUGCGUCGGUUAGGUGUAUAUUUAGUACAAGUAUUUGACAUAUAUUCUGAUCAUGGGCGGCAUUGUACUUGAGUUGCGAACCGAGUGAAUUAAGCAUUGCAUACUAUA